CGGUGAAAUAAAAUAUGGCGAGCAUCUGAUGACUAGACGUAUACGUACGGUCUGGUGCUAGUUGUUUUUUGCUGACACAUUCACAAAAUAAACGUUCUUCUGAGAAUAUGCCUACAGUUUAAUUUUCAAUGCAAAUUGUACCGCAAUAUAUAUGUCGAGAAAAGUAGUAAUUUUAAAUGUUAACCUCAUAGAGGAAAAAAAGUAUUUGUCUCUGUAUAAAUUGAGAUUUCAAACGAAAUUGGCGAUGCCAUUAACUUUCAAGUCGCACUAAAUAUUUUCAAAAGUACGGAGAUUAAUGAGGAAAUACUGACAAUAUCUUUCAACUAUUAAGAGAUGAUAUGCCGGAUAUUUAUGUUUGAAGCUUAUCAGAAAGACCUGUGAAUCAUUGAAUAGAACUUCUUCACAUUAAGGAACAGGAAUGUUAUGCUAUUAAAAAGAAAUCGGAACAUCAUGUACAGCUUUGAAGGAGACUACAGACGUAAACCACAACAAAAUCUAGCAGGUGCAAGUAGAAGAGAUGAGAAGUCGGUUCUGUUGCAGCAUGCUCAAUUAGAACGUUUGAAACGGGAACAGCAGCGUAAAAGACACAAUGCAGCGUUGAAGAUCCAGGCGCUUAUGCGCGGCUUCAUAGUAAGGAAGCACAUGAAAAUAAUUAAAAGGACAGAAUUCGACGAAGAGCAACAAAUAAAUAGCCGUAGAAAUUUAAGUCUAGAUGAACUAACAAUAUAUUUCCAAAAAUUAUUGUUCUUUUAUAAUCAUACCUUGGAUGCUAACAGACUUGUUUGGAUACUUCAACAUUUUUUGAAACAUCAACAAGAAAUCAAACAGAAGUGUGUGAAUUGUUCAGAAUGGCUAUGGAGGUUGAGAUGGAUUCUCCGCAUGUGUAUGCGUCACAACUCGGAAGUUUUAAUGAACGGCGCUUAUUCAUUGGCUAUACCAUUGAGAGCAUUAGAAACAUUUACAAGUCGAGAAGACGCAGAGAACAUUCUACAUGAGAAUAGUUAUAAAUAUUUAGGAAACAUUUUUAUUUAUUUGAUAAAGCACAAAUAUUUUGAUCAAUUAAGGAAAUUAAUAGAUAAUAAAGUUCCAUCUAUGUUAGAACCAACUUCUGUUGCGCCGACGCCAAUCUCAAAAUGUUUAGUGGAUAUGAUUAAACGACCGUUAGACUUAAUUUCUUUUCUAGAGCAAGAGGACAAUUUCUCUAUGCUUGUCCUACAAGAACUUUGUAGAAGUAUAUUAUCCUCUAAAAUGUCUGAUCCAAUAAGAAUGUUUAUCAUUCCAUCGUUGUCAGAAUUUGCAGAAUUUCCAUAUAAUCAAUUAAUUGAGUGUAUUGAUAGAAUUGAAAUAGAACCAACGAUAAGUUUACUCUAUUCCAUUUUAUCUCUGGAAUCGAAUAGAAUUUCUACAUGCAAGUCUAAAGAUGUUCUUAUUAAUUAUUUGCAAGUUCUUGCAUCUAUGAGUUCAACUAUAAUACCAUUAGCGGUCGAAGAAAACAUCGAACAAGAGAGCGAUUCGGACUCGGAGUCUACUGCAAAUAUGAUUGAUCAAGAUCAAGCUGACAUUUUGCACGAAUGUAUAGAAAUGUUGAACGAAGAGCAACGUGUUCAAGGAAUACUUUUAGCGGUAGAUCGAAGCAAAGAUCCAGCCGUGCUGCAACCAUUGUGCCAACUCUGCCAUUAUUUGCUAAUUACCGACAGAUUGGCCAUUCAUAAGUAUAAACUGUUAUAUAUGCUCGCUUUUAAGCCAGCGUUUUUAAAGAAUUUAUGGUCUGCUUUAUUGUCGGCUUGUCAAAUGUCGCUGUUCGGUGGAGCUACCCCUCUCUUGCAAAUUAUAUCACGAGGGAUUGGCCUUUCUACCGAAGAUACAAAAAAGAUAGUCCCACUGUUAGCUGUAUUUUGUUCACUGUUCAGUCUACUUAUAGCAACGUUACACGACACGGAAUUCUUCACUCAAGAUCAAUCAUUGGACAUUAACGGGCAACAAACGAUGCCGUUUACCACGUCGGAAUUGGUAUUGCUGUCAAGUCAUUUGAAGGGUGUUUGCUUAGGUUUGGUGGAGCUUGCAUUCCCCGAUAGUCGACCGACCGUACGAGAUGACUAUAAGAGGGCUGUUCUUGGCCCGUCGUGUUCCCUGCGGAACCAACAGGACACGCAAAUGUGGACCCAUUUGUUCAAAGUAACGGUCGGUUUAUUACGCCAGCUACAUAUGCGAGACUUGAGACGGCAAUUCUGUCCGGAAGGGCACUGGAUAGCUUCGAACAUUGUAAUACCAAUUGACAAGCCUCAAGAUUUCACAUUUCGCAGACGUAGAUUGAGAGGGUACAUCCCUUUUCAAGGGCUGCGAGUGUUCACUCGAGAAGAGCUGGAGGAAGGGCCACCUCUCUCCGCAAAGGAAGUUCGGACACUGACGCUGCUUCGCGAAAUACCAUUUGUCGUACCGUUUAACAACCGAGUAGUGGCGUUUCAAUCGUUGAUCUAUCGAGAUAAAACGGAACAACAAGGUGAACUGACGCACUUCAUGCAAGGGCCAUCGAUACAAAUAUCGGUAAGAAGGAACUACCUCUACGAGGACGCGUUUGAGAAAUUAUCGCCGGAGAAUGAGCCAGAAUUGCGAUUAAAAAUGCGUGUACAGCUUUUUAAUACAGCUGGUUUAGAAGAAGCUGGUGUAGACGGUGGUGGUCUGUUUAGAGAAUUUUUAUCGGAAUUGUUAAAAACAAGCUUCGACCCUAACAGAGGCUUUUUCAGGCUCACCAAGGAUAAUAUGCUGUACCCAAAUCCUACAGUACAAUUAUUGGUUGACGAUUUCCCGAAGCACUAUUAUUUUAUCGGUAGAAUCCUUGGAAAAGCUUUGUACGAGAAUUUAUUAGUCGAACUUCCGUUCGCAGAAUUUUUCCUAUCAAAGAUCGUUGGUCGUCAAUCAGACGUUGAUGUACAUCAUUUAGCUUCCUUAGAUCCGAUUAUGUAUAGGAAUCUUUUGUACCUAAAGAGUUACAAAGGCGACGUUGCGGAUCUUGGCUUGGAUUUCACUGUGUUGUCCGACGAGCUCGGUGAAAGGCGAAUCGAUGAAUUGAAACCAGGUGGUGCCAAUAUCCCUGUUACAAAUCACAAUCGUAUCGAAUAUAUUCACUUGAUGGCCGAUUACAAGCUGAACAAACAGAUUAGAGCACAGUGUUAUGCGUUCAAGCAAGGCAUAGGUAGUGUGAUCCCCCUGGAUUGGCUUCAAAUGUUUAAUAAUAAGGAGCUACAAGUAUUGAUAUCGGGUGCACAAAUCCCAGUCGACGUGAACGACUUAAAAUUGCACACUAACUACACAGGAGGAUAUGCACCUGAUCAUCCGACAAUCACUGCGUUUUGGAAAGUUGUUAAUGAAUUUAACGAUCAGCAAAAAGGACAGUUACUCAAAUUCGUUACGAGCUGCAGUCGACCGCCUUUACUUGGAUUUAAGGUACAAAGCGGUUAUUUCUUUUUUGAUGACUAAUCAAUAGGAACUUGAUCCACCUUUUUGCAUUCAACAUGCCGGCAGUGUUGAUCGCUUGCCGACUUCCAGUACCUGUAUGAAUCUAUUAAAGCUACCAGAGUUUCCAGACGAGAAAACUCUACGCGAGAAACUUUUAUAUGCGAUACAAGCUGGUGCAGGUUUCGAAUUGAGUUAAGCUCAAUUUUUUUCUUCCCUAAUUUUAAGCUAUUUUUCUUUUAGUUAAAUCGGUGAUACCUGAUUGUAUAUAAAUUGUAAGUGUAAUUAACAUUAAGCACGUAUAUCUGAGAACAAACUACGAAUGCGAGAGUUGUCAUGAUUCAUUAAUGAAUAAGCGAUUCGACUCGAUGUUAAUUAAGCGCUUUGAAUGUAAUGUGUUUAUAUAUUACAGCAAGUAAGGACAAAAUACAGAUUUCGUUUGAGUCAUUCGUCCGUUAGAGGGCAGAUUAACUUGAGAAAUUUUCGUCGGAUCAGGCAAUAAAUAUAUAACGUUGUAAGGAGGGGCCAAUUAAUUAGCGGUAACUAUUGUCUAUUAAGGAGACAACUAUCAAUAUAUAGUGAACGAAUAUGUAUUGUUUUUGUAAAAAUAUGUUACCUUAUCCUACUAUGUACCAACUUAUGUGCAUAAAUGUAUACAUAUACAUAUAUAGAUAGAUUGAUAUACGUACAUAUACACACACGACGCAUGUAUCUUAUUUGUUAUAACUUUUCUGCCCUUGGCCUAUAACUGUAAAUUGUGUAUAUUUUUUGUAUUCCAUCAUAAUUACCAACAACUAUAUAUCAACAAUAUUAAAUAUACAUGAGAGAGUAGAAUGUAUGUAUUUAUGAAUUCGUUAAUUUAGUGUAAAUAAUAAAAAAUUCUGAAGUGUUACGUACAUUUAUUACAAAUACGUAAUUUCAACUUUAAGAGCAACGUUUUUACGUUUUAAUAAAGGCUGCAUACAGUGAUAGAAUGUCACUUUAAAAUGUUAAAGAAUUUUAACUCAAAUUCGCCCAGACGGAAAUGAAUUGCGAUCAACCGUAUUGUAUAUCAGACACUUUAAAUCGUUCACCGAAUCAUGCUUUCAUUUACAGUGUUCGACCUUACAUAUGUAUCUAUAAAAAUGGUACACGCUUUUAGUGUUAAAGCUUAUGUCAUUUGUGUAACAUGGCGUCGAACGAGAGUUGCAACUUUCAGAAAGUUUUGGAGUUUAAAAUUUACAAAUGCUCCAGCUUCUCCUCGUCUUAUAUACCAGAUGGAUUAAAAAAUGAUUCAGUAUCGGAAACCUUUGAUUUGAAACACAUAGUAGGAAAUGGAGAGAAUUAUUUUCCAGUUAAAUACAUAAAAAUUGUUCCGUUGCAAUCGUGGGGACCUAGUUUUAAUUUCUCUAUUUGGCAUGUACGGCUAACUGGCACCGAUGACUUUAAAGUUGUAAAACCUAGUAUUGAAUGGUUUAACGCGUACCGUCAAAAAGAAGUAAUAAGGCUGUGUAUGAAGCACUUUAGAAAACUUGAACAUUCUGAAAUUGUAGAAACUUUACAAAGAGUUACUGGUGUUCCACUUGAAGAUCCUAGAUUGACCGGAUUGUACGACUUGUUGGUCACAAAGGGUGAUCAUUUACAAGCCGAAUACUUUAUAAGUAAUGCCGUAAUGAUGGGUCUUUUAAAUGACUAUAUCAAUGCUCAGACUUAUAGAGCAGUUUGGACUAAGUUAUCGUCCAAUGAUGGUAAACCAGGAAUGAGAGGAGGUCACCAAAUGGUACUUGAUCCAACAGCAGAACUUCUUUAUCUUUUUGGGGGGUGGGAUGGCAAUCAAGAUCUUUCAGAUUUGUGGGUGUAUAAUGUAACUUCUAACAAAUGGACCAUUAUAUGUAAAGAUACGGAAACUGUGGGCGGUCCAAGCGCGAGAUCCUGCCAUAAAAUGUGUCUUGAUCCAGAGCGUAGACAACUGUUUACUCUUGGUAAAUACUUGGACGCAGAGUACAGAACGCCGGAAAAUUUGAAGAGUGAUUUUUUCGUUUAUGAUAUCGAAUCGAACAAAUGGACACAAAUAUCAGAAGAUACAGGCGCCGUAGGAGGACCUCAACUAAUUUUCGAUCAUCAAAUGUCCAUGGAUGUCGAAAAACGUACAAUUUACAUAUUUGGCGGCCGUGUUCUUGUUUCUCCGACAAAUUCUGAAGAACACGGUAUAAUAACAAGUUCAACGGAACCAGUUUUUUCUGGAUUGUAUUCUUACCACGUACCAACUGGUACUUGGAAUAGACUUGCAUGUGACAUUGCUAGACCAUGCCCCACCAAUGCACCGGUUAUUCGAUCCAGAGCUGGUCAUUCUAUGUUGUUUCAUCCUGGAUUACGGAAAUUAUACAUUUUCGCUGGUCAGAGAGGUAAAGAAGACCUUAGCGAUUUUUUUACGUAUGAGGUCGAUACAAAUCAAAUUGAACACAUCUUCAACGAUUUCGGCGCUAAAGAUUCGAAUCAUGUACCGGCUGCUGGAUUCACGCAAAGAGCCACAAUCGAUCCCGAAUUGGGAGAAAUAUAUGUUUUAUCGGGCUUAAGUAAAGAUAAAGGUAAAAGAUUUGAUAGUGUUCAAAAUUCCUUUUGGGUGUACAGUAUUAAGAACAAUAAGUGGUCUUGCAUUUACCGAAAUGACAAUGUUGGAGAAAAAUAUUGGAGCAAAAUGCAAGAUUACGAACCAUGCCCACGUUAUGCACAUCAACUGGUUUAUGAUCAUGUGAAGAAGGUUCAUUUUUUAUUUGGAGGAAACCCCGGGAGAUCCUGUCUUCCAAACUUACGUCUCGACGAUUUCUGGCAAUUAAAAUUAUGCAGACCGUCUCAUGAGCAAAUUCUAAAGAGAUGCAAACUACUUAUUAGAAAGCACAAAUUCAAAGAGCUAGCUUUGAACAAUAGCGUCGAAGCGCUCGAAUAUCUGCAGACCAAAGUAUCAGAAAUUAUCGAUCAUAACGAUGUGGAGCAAACGAAAGAGUUUCAAUUGUUAACAUCCCUUCUGUUCAGAGAACAAAACUUAAGAGGAGCCAGAAAUUCAAAUGGUUCAGAUGCCGUAUUAGGGAAUUUAGUUGACAUGGAUACGUCGUCGUUUUGGUGUUCGACUACGCGUGAUAUUCAUACUUUGAGAACUGAAUUAUACGAUAAACUGACAGAAUUUUUCCCCGAAUCAUCGACACAACCCCGUGCUAAUUUGAUCGAUCUUUUGCCAUUGUGAUCCAACAGUAAUUAAAAUCCAACAGAGAAUGUUUAAAAAUGUAAGACAAAGAGAUUCCUUUCAUUUUCUUGUAAAGACAGUAUGCUAUGAUAUCAAAUCAACUGUAUCUUUCAAAGAGAAACGUUAUUUUUAUAGUGCAAUUCUUUGUACUGCUUUAAAAGGAGAAGAAUUUUCACAAGGCAUGUGACCCGCCUUCCUAAAAUACAUAACAAUAUGCAACUUGAUUUCUUUUACAUAAAAAUGAUAAGUUGGUAAAAAAGAAGAAAAGAUACAUUAAUAUAUAUUUCACCGUGAUACAUUUAAGCGAGGAGCUAUUAAAACCAAGGUUUAUCGUUUACAUCUUUUUCUUAUCGAGUUUUCGUUUGCAUUGGAGUAUUCUAUCUUUUCACCACAUUCAGAUUUGUUACGUUUAUUUAUUGCAAGCCUUAUUUCAUAAAACACAAUUAAUAUCCAAAGUAUCGUUACACGUCGUUCAAAUCGGUUCUCACUAUCCAUACGUCGAUAUGUACUCACGACUUGUUCAUAAACAAGUAUCAUUCUUAAAGCAAAUUUACUAAAAAAAAAAUGACCAUUUAAAAAGUUUUCUGUAUCCAAUGUGUAUAUACUGAAGGGAUGCUUUACAAACUUACUGAUGAAACGAAAACUCGUUAAACGUCAUUUAACAUUGAUGAGAAAUUGUAACACAAGUGCGACAAAUAAGACGAUUCAUUAGAAAAAUGGAUAUUCCUCUAUUUUUAUGGCUUCGCUUUCUUCGCCGUUGAAAAUAUUUUAUACAGUGUUAUUUGAGCAUUAUUUGUAAAUCAUGCGAGAUAGCAUUCGAGUUAGCAUUACCAUUUAUAUUCGUAAUAAAAAUUUACUAUACAUAUUUCCGUGAUAAAUGUUAUAAAGGUUAAUAAGAGUAACACGUUCGUGAGUCUUAGUCGAAUUUUGUGCAUAUUAUUUAUGUACAUCUGCAAUAUAUUUCAUCGUAAUGCUAUGUUUUUAUUGCUCCUGUAUAUCGCUAUUUAAAUAAUCCGUCAUCACGAUUUUUUGUUUGUGAUAAAAUUAGUAUAAAAAGCAUCACGUUUGUUUGUCACCAUCUUGUAUAUAUUCUAUGACUAUAGGAAGUAAUACCUAAAGCUAUCAUUAUUGUUAAUCUUUUAUAUUAUAAGCGUUAUUCGAUGACAUGCGCAAAACAAAUUUUGUACAUAGUGCUGCUUUGUCGAUAUAUUUGUGUAAACAGUUAUUUGUAGCAUUACAUAUAAGAUACGAGCAGCGAGAAUGUGAUUAUAGCGAACGUUAUCAACUAUGUGACUAACACACUAUACAUACAAUACGAGAAUAAUUCACAAUAAUGAAGCGGUAUCUUUGUACAUAACUUUAUGCGCUAGAGAAUGAAACGACUGUACAAUUCGGUUGUAGAAUAAGAAGUGGGCGAAUCGUUACUAAGAAUAAGUUUCAAUAACGAAACGAGGGAAAAGUUUUCUUUUUUUUUUUUUUUU